CCGCCUCACCGCGGGUCAUUUGUAGCUGAAUGCCACACGGCGGUUUCUUUCUUUUUUUCUUCUCUCCUGCGCGGCGCAUCUUCUCGCCCGCCCGAAUAGCGAAGGCGUAACGUAACCGGACCGGUUGAAGUAGGAUGUCAACAUGUGACGCAGGAGAGUCGGAGCUCGUCGGUGGAGGCGGAGAGACUUCAGCGACGCCUCCGGACAGCAGCGCGCGGCGAGCAGCGCGAGCGCCGCGGACGACGCCUGCCAGAGAACAGCAGUAUGAAAACAUUGGUGAGAGGUUCAAGCAGGAAAAUCAUGAUGAUGAAACCCCGACUGGAAAACUGUGUCAGCCAUCAACCAUCGGACAGGAAGAAACACACCAAGGACUUGUAUUAAGUUCAGACAGACUAGGAAAGGAAGAAGCUGCGCACCAGAAGCCCAACAGAUCCAGAAUCACCUCCUGCCUCUUCUUCAGACUCUCCAGAAAUCUGGGCCUUGAUGAGCCCAAUUUAACAAUUAAGACUUUCGACCCCUGCUUGCACAGUUCAACUGAAACACAGCAGGUUGAGACUGAGAAUAGCAGCUUCCAGGUUAAUGGACAAACCUUCCCACCACACAUCUUUAUAAAGAAAGCCAGUGAGUCAACAUUAUCUGAAAGAAUACCAUUUCCAUCCGAGAAGAAAGAAGAGUCUCUCCCGGUUGUUUGCUAUGAAUCGGAGACUGGAAAAGGCUUGAGUAAAACUCAUAGUAUCUCAAAUGGGGAAUUGGAUUCAUAUCACUGUGAUGGCUUGCACAUGUUUCCAUGUGGACCACAACCGACAAGUGAUACAAGAUCAGUUGAGUUAGGAGGAGAUAUAAAGGACCAUACAAGGCUUGAGAAACCUACUGAUCUUGUGGUACUGUCCAACCUGAAUAGGACCAUGUUGUCUUCCACUGUGGUAACUGUCCUGGCACCACACUGGAAUGGCCGACCAAGACGAACCAAAAGACCUGAGGUAACGGGCAAUUGGGAAGCCCAGGGGGGUUUACACGAUGUGACAAACACUGCGGCAAACCGCUCCCAGGGGCGCUUUCAUGAGUCUCUAGAUAGGUCAUCGGCAGAUGGAUCGCAAGCCCAAUCAAGGGGGUCUUUUCUGGGGACCAGGAGGAAUACGGUGGGCUGGUCAACAAAGAGUGGACCUGAAAGCUUAGACUAUGAAUCUAAGAGGAAAUUUAAUCAUACUGUGUCUUUGGAUGUCAACUCUGGAAGGAUGAACAGUAGACAAAUGUAUGCAGGUGCUGUAAGUCCUGUUCACACAGCUGCAACCCCUGUGUCUCCCCUCUCCUUCGAAACAUACGAACAAAGGACGAACUCUGGGUCAUCAAGGAGGAUUGUCCCCAAGCUCGAAACCGACAACCAGCAGAAUGCUUCUCUCUUUAAGAAGAUGCAAUUCAAAUAGCAGGAUCAAUAAUGCUGCCUCCCCCACCCCUGAGAUGAAUCCUUCGCCACGUCAUCAAGAUGGAAAAUUAUUCACAACACACCUCUCUCAAACUUUCCUGAAUAAUAACGGGCAGGAGAGGUCAAAGCCUCUCCUCUCUCCAUCGGGGAAUUCUAAUAGGACAACUGAAACCGGGCCAAUCAUUUCCCCAUCAUCCUCCAACCACAGAGAAAGGAACACAUUUGGAACUCGCUUCUUUUCGACUUCACCCACGAGCAAAAACACAGAUGACACACCCUUUUCCCAACAAGCUGAAACAAUGACUAGUAGGACCCAGGCCAGUCUUUCAUGUUUCCAACACCCAACACCGAUGCGAGAGCCAACAGAGAACUGCAGGUGUUCAGACAAAAGUACAAAUGUAUUCUCUGAGAGCUCUGCCUAUUCACCAAAACAUUCCCCAUUUGACCGGUCUUCCCUCCUAAAUACCCAUUCCCUCCCCAGAAGGACCAACCUGACAGCCACCUCCUGGUGGAAACAAGUCGCCCCGGAAUGUAAUUCCAAUCAAACUGUCAAUGAUACAACAAACAUCAAAGAAAAGUUAAACACACCCUCUGUUCCACCCUACAAUGAUAAUCGAGACCUAGCCUCUGCGUGUCCAACUGACAACAAAAGAUGUGUUAGUCAAAUCCACAAUAACCGAGACAACAAUAACACAACAGAGUCAGUCGGCCGAGGUAACAUGAACCGUAUUAUGACAAAACAGGGCGGAACUGACAACAUCAAACCAAGAAUAGGUGAGGAUUCACCUGGACGUGGGUCAGACAGGAUUGUCAAACAGCAAUAUAGCUCCAAUCUGAACAACAGAGACGCACAAAAGCCUCACAGUUUGCCGGAUGUUUUUCUCAGUUCUAUAAUUAGCAAAGCUACAAAGCAAACAACGCUGAAUCAUCCUCCUAAAGAUCUCAGCAGCCAUGACUCAAAUACUACCCCAUUUACAGCAAACAAAACUUUGCUAAAUCCCAAGAGCUCAAAUACACCCACCAAGAGCAGCAGCAGCUACACUCAAUGCGCAUCCAAAACCAACAGCUCCCCCGCAUCUUCACACAAACAUGACUCUCAAAAAUUUGGCAAACCACCUCUUUCUCUUGUUACCACCAACUCUUCCUGUAUUCAGGCGCCUACUUCUCUCUCUGGUCUUUCCCAAUGCCCAUACACUAAACCUACUUCCUACAUCCACUCUCAUCCAGUUUCUUCACAAACCACUAUUGAUGCUUCACCAUACACUGCCUCUCCUUCCCAAAUUCCCCUUAUCACCAAGAUAACUCAUAACGCACCUCUUCGCUAUGAAAGAAGCAUUGCUUCCGUUCAUAAGCCUUUCCACCCUAAAACCGUAUCGAGUCCAACAGUUGGUGCUUACUCUAAGACCAACUACAGUACAGCAUCCACUGCUUCUCCCAGCUAUUCGUUUGCCUCUGGCAGCCGUCAUGUAGCAAUAACUGCUCCUAGAACAUCCCUCCUUACUUCUUCUUCAUCUCCUGGCAUUAUGUCUUCUCCCUCCUCACCCUUAACCCCACCUGCCACGCUUAACAAUAUUACCUCCAACGAUUCAGCCCCUUCCAGUCUCAAGGAGGCAAGGACAUUCUCAAACAGCCCAGAAAACGACCCAGUGAAAAAGCACCGCAUAGAGGGAAAGCGAGUGAGACGAGUCACAUGGGAGGACUCUGUGGAUCUGAAGCAUUCUGAACCUGUGGCAGUCGACGAAGCCGAGCCGGUUCACGUACCAUUGAGCUCAAGCUCCCCGGAAAGCAGCAAAGUUGCAUCCAUCGCUUCUUUUCUAAGAUCAAGAAGUCCGACCACAAGCGCAGCUCAUUUUUGCUCCCUCAGCCCCAAAACCUCCAGCAUACACGGGCUGAAAGGGGAAAGGUAUCGCUCUUUGUCAUCUGACUGUGCUGAUUUAGUUUCCAGAGACCAUCAAAGGUCUAAGCAAAGACCGAGUGACACUAGGAUCUUUGACCAGGGAAUGCGGGAUGUGACAACACCCAGACAGGAGAGGACUCUCUCAGUGGAUUCUGACACCCUUCAGUGCCGUUCUUCUGCUCCUCUCUCCCUCCCUCCUGACUUUUCAAGUUGUUAUAAGCUUCGCUACAGCUCUCCACCAUACUCCACUCUCAUUUCUACCAGGCCAACACAGGGAGAAACUAAGACUAUGUUAUCCAGAUCACCCCUCUUCCAACAGUCUCAAUCAAAUUAUACUCCACACCUUUCUAGAUGCACUGAUUCAGUGGCAGACAUGACCGUGCCCACAUCCAAACCUCCUCUCUCACCUAUCGGCCUGCCUCUCCAAAACCAAACUACCACCCGAGGAAGUACAAAAGGGGGGGUUUCAGAUACUGAUCAAGUCAAUAAUAACCACAGCAAGAGCAACAGGCAAGAUUUCCAGAAUGGCCAGUUAGUACUUGUCCACAACAGAUUUCAUGAGGCACAUAGCCCCUCCUCAAAAUAUGUAACUGAGACACUAGUCUACACUGUUAAAUCUAAAGAAGAGACAGCUACAGCUGCCCAUUCGCCACAUGACGCAAACACAAAGGCUUCUGUAGAGACCGAGUUAAGUCAACAGUCACACAGAAUGCAAAGUAAGGAAGCAGCAAGAGAACCCCUUAGUCAUUCAGAUCCGAGCCCAAGUGUCAGCCGUUCAAGCUCCAUCGGAAAAGUGAAGGAGAACGUACUGGGUAAAAGUAAAUUUUUUUCAAUGGAGAGCAACAAUGAACAAAGCACAAAGCGAAGCCGGUUUGCACUGAAGAAAAGUGACAGUACACCACACUCCAGUUUGUCAAGAUCACAGUCGGAGACAACCAGCAAGCCUAGUAACAAAAUGGACCAGGUGUUCAGCAGACUAAAACAAAAAUUCAGCACUAGACUGUCUGAUGAGGAUGUGUUUCCAUGGAAAUGGAAGCGAGCUUCUCAAACAACUUCAGUUGGUGGAUCAGGUGAUGUCAGUGACAACACCGUGGAGAGCAACCAAAAGCUUGAGGAGCAGGAGAAAGGGAUGUUGAUCAAAGACGAUGAGAAGGGAACAGAUUGUACUGAUAGAUGGAAAACAAACCGAUACAGUCUCAUACCACCCUCAGUGGCAGGAGAGGAGCUGUACAGUUGGUCAGACCAAACCACUCCAGAAACUGACCGAGACAAACAAACUGCAUAUCCAGAAUACACGGAAAGUCAAAACCAUCCUCAUUUGACAAUAACUAGCCCAACAACAAAGCAGUUAGACUUUUACAAAGACAAUGCAACAGAUUCUAAACCAUCAAACCUGUUCCUCUAUUGUAGCAGUCAAAGUCCUGGUAGGAGCCCUAAAUCCUCUGCCGACUCUCCCACUCAGCUCAGCAAGUCCACAUCCAGCCCCAGGAGCCCCUUCUCCCCAUUUCCUUCUCUUUCCCCUGUCUCCCAACUUACCUCAACGGAUGACAAUGUCUUCUUCAGCCCUAAGCUGCACCGUCACCGAGAAUCCCCCUCACUGUGUGAGCCGGGGGAGGGAAUCCGCCUGGGGGCUUCGAGAAGAAGCCGGGCAUCCACAGGUCCUCCAAGUGCAGGGCCAGGACCGGACAAUGAACGCUUGGCGUCCUCCUAUGCAGACUUAAAGUACGGCAUUGAGCCUGGGAGAUCGUUUUCCGUCAGUUCGGUACUGUCCAGUCGUCCCUCGGGUCCAGGACGCAUCUCCACUGGAUCCAGGUUCAUGAGUGUUGGUGACCUCUCUGCAUUAACGUGUGGCAAGCCUGGAAAAGAUUUGGAUCAGUGGUCUAUUAAUCCUGAAUGGACCAGUGACUAUGAUUGCCAGUCCAGUAAGUGGUGUCGACAGGCUUGUUUCCCCAGCGACCCAGGUAAGAUGAGAUCCAGAUCUCUUCCUCGAUCACUGACUAGGCGCCUAGCAAAUUGGAGCUCAGAAGCCUUUGCUUCCCAACCUGCAACAAGCACCACCUCUAAGGCUGCUCGCCUAUGGAGCCCCAAUAAGAACACGUGUCACUUUGCAUAUGAUACAGAGGGGCCUCCGACACCUCCUCCAACCCCGCCCCUAUCACCAGUGUCCAGACGCAUGUCCAAACCUCCCCGCCUUUCCUCCCCCACCGUCCCCGGUGCAUCAGGAGUGUCGCAGCAAGUGGACAACUUGUCCCCUAGAGGAAUUUUGCCGUCCAGAGGUUAUGUAUCCAGCCUUACUACUUUUGACGAGUCCUCAGACAGCAGCUCGGACACGACGACAGACGAUGAAUAUUACUUAGAGACGGGUGAAGAAAAAGAGACUGAAUUGUGACACUAAAAGAUUUGCUUUAAAUCCUCCCUUAUUUCAAGUCUGUUUUUCUGAACUUCAUUAUACACGAGAAAAAGGGCUAACGUGUACAUUCUGUAAAGGGUAUUCUGCUUGACUCCUGUUUUCUGUUCUCUUGUCAGAGACUUGAGGUCAAUGUUUUUUUUGGCUGCAUGAUUUGCUUUUGGAAAGUGGUGGUUAUCAAGAAGGCAGUAAAUGAGCAUGCAUGAUAUUUUCAGCAAAGUUUGCAAAUGUAUAAUAAUUCUUGAUAAUAAUGUAUGUGUGUACAGUACACUGCAUGUACCUGCAAUCUGCAUUGUUUAACAUGUAUAGUUUGGACAGUUGCAUGGAAUCAUUGAGGGAUGAACAUCUGUGUGUGGUUGUUUUCAAAUUUGUUUAAAGUUUUUUUUUCAAAACUGUUUAAAGUUAUAAUUUUGACAUAACUAUCUUUAGGUUUGUGUUUCAUCCUGCGGCAGUUAAAUUGAUACAUGUGCUAUCAUGUAAUAUUUCAUUGUCUGUUUUCUUCUAUGAUUGAAAUGAAUUGUGGUAAAUGUUGUAAUAACAGAUUUAUUUUCUUAAUUUCAUAUUUUUAUUCUGAGGGAAUAUGUAAUCAGAAUGUAUGGUACAAUUAGAUAUUUAAUGUCCAACAUUGUACAGUAAUCUAUCCAUUUUACACAGUGAUAUUCUAAAGUCUUAAUACAUCUAUUUUAAACAUAAAUGUAAUAUUUCCAGCAAUAACUAACCGUUUUUGUAUUAAAGUCUGCACUGCUGCUUUAGCCUUAACUGCCACGGUGUCCCAUAGGCGUGUUAAAUGCCCUGCUGAGUGAAAUGGUAUGCUGAGUAUUGGAGCGGCAAACAGAAGAUUUGCCGCCUGAGGCCACGGUCCCGCCUGCUGGGAGGUUUUUCAAAGACCAUUAAUGGCGACACUUUGCUGCUCUAAAAAGUGUGUUAGGUGUGGCUUAAACCGAUUGACGUUAUGAAAGUGGGAGUUCCCCUUUUGUUUUUAGCUGUGGCAACACAAACUGUUAUGGUGAUGGUUAGAUAACACAUUCAUUUGACAGGGAGGGUUGAGUUGUAAAAUAAUUGCUGCAUGUGUAUGUUAGCACUGUACUUUUUGUUCUUUUCGAUUUUUACCAGAGCGCUUCACACGUAAACACAACCAUCUGCGUUGUAUUAUUAGCCAUGACAUGAACUGGGAAAGACACUGUUGCUCUGCACCAUGUCAUCAUUUUAGCAAAUGUUUUUAUUGCAUGAAUGUUUUUCCAUCCUGUCAUCAUAAAUAAAGUGCAACACUUGCUCCACCCAGCAGCUUCA